AAGGAAAAAAAACAAAUUUUUUUUUUUUUUUUUUUUCCUCUAAAGUUUUCUAUUUUGUCUAUUCGUGUGUGUGUUUUUUUUUAACUUCCUGAUAAUGGGAGUUUUCGAAAAGGAAAAAUCUACUAAAGAUGCCGCAGCUCUAGAGACACAGUCGCCGGAAGAUUUCAACCAACCAUCUCCUCUUCGUAAAAUCAUCUCCGUCGCUUCCAUCGCCGCCGGUGUACAGUUCGGAUGGGCAUUACAGCUCUCUCUUCUCACACCUUACGUUCAACUCCUUGGAAUCCCUCACAAAUGGUCAUCUCUCAUUUGGCUCUGUGGUCCCAUCUCCGGUAUGAUUGUUCAACCAAUCGUCGGUUUCCACAGUGACCGAUGCACCUCAAGAUUCGGUCGCCGUCGUCCCUUCAUCGCCACCGGAGCCGCACUCGUCGCCGUCGCCGUUUUCCUCAUCGGUUACGCGGCGGAUAUUGGUAAUAAAAUGGGAGACAAACUCGACCAGAAGGUAAAGGUUCGAGCCAUUGGGAUCUUCGCUCUCGGGUUUUGGAUCCUUGACGUGGCUAACAACACCUUACAAGGACCUUGCCGUGCUUUCUUAGCCGAUUUAGCUGCCGGUGACGCUAAAAGAACGCGAGUCGCAAACGCGUUUUUCUCCUUUUUUAUGGCGGUUGGGAACGUUUUGGGUUACGCUGCUGGAUCUUACACUAACCUUCACAAAAUGUUUCCCUUCACAAUGACCAAAGCUUGCGAUAUCUACUGCGCGAAUUUAAAGACUUGUUUCUUCUUAUCCAUCACUCUCCUCCUCAUCGUCACCGUCACGUCUCUUUGGUACGUUAAAGACAAACAAUGGUCUCCGCCGGCGAGAAACCCCGACGACGACGAGAAGACCUCAAGCGUUCCUUUGUUCGGAGAGAUCUUUGGAGCUUUCAAAGUCAUGAAACGUCCCAUGUGGAUGCUUCUAAUCGUCACGGCCUUGAACUGGAUCGCUUGGUUCCCUUUUCUCCUGUUCGAUACUGAUUGGAUGGGUCGUGAAGUGUACGGUGGAGAUUCAGAUGGAAACGAACGGUCCAAGAAACUAUACAGCCUAGGAGUCCAAUCUGGUGCAAUGGGACUGAUGUUUAACUCGAUAGUUCUUGGUUUCAUGUCACUUGGUGUUGAAUGGAUUGGUCGGAAACUAGGAGGAGCUAAACGCCUUUGGGGAAUUGUCAAUUUCAUCCUCGCCGCCGGUUUGGCCAUGACCGUUCUCGUUACGAAAUUGGCCGAUGAUCACCGGAAAACCGCCGGUCAAUUAGCCGGACCGAGCAGUGGUAUUAAAGCUGGAGCUUUAAGUCUUUUUGCUGUUCUUGGUAUUCCAUUAGCUAUUACAUUCAGUACUCCAUUUGCGCUAGCAUCCAUAUUUUCAAGCAGCUCCGGUGCCGGCCAAGGACUUUCGUUAGGAGUUUUAAAUUUGGCGAUUGUGAUACCACAAAUGAUAGUAUCACUAGGAGGUGGACCUUUCGACGCUCUCUUCGGUGGUGGAAACUUACCGGCGUUUAUCGUUGGAGCAAUUGCAGCAGCGAUUAGUGGAGUAUUAGCGUUAACCGUUUUACCUUCACCGCCACCGGACGCACCUGCUUUUACUAUGCUUUUUUUUUUUAUGAAACUCAUGAUCAAAUACAGUAUUAUUGUGCAAAACCCAAAAAAUAAAAGAAAAGAGAAUGGGAUAAAGUGAUAAAACUCUAAUAAACCUUGGGUAAUCUGUAUUUCACCCUUCCUUUAGUUUUUUUACUUUGUUACUGAUUUGAAUUUGAAAUAGAAUUUGUUUUUCUUUU